AUGAAGACGCUCGAGCACGUAUCAUGCAGAUUCACUCGAGAAAGAGAACGUCGUUUCGCGGUUUCUUUGACCAUGCUGUCAAGCAAAGACUUGAAUUUUGAAGAGCUGGCACGAUGCACUGAUGAUUUUAAUGGAGCUCAGUGCAAAGCUGUCUGUGUGAAAGCGUGCAUGAUUGCUCUGCGGCGUGAUGCAACCGAAGUGCUGCACGAAGACUUCAUGGACGCAAUCCUAGAGGUGCAAGCAAAGAAGAAAGCAAGCCUCAACUAUUAUGCUUGAGCUGUAUUUAUUUUAUAUAUACUAUUGUUCUUGACACAAUCUCUCUACACUCUUCCUUCUUAC